ACUAACCCAACUUCCUAAAUUUAUAUUCAUAUUUAUUUUUUUAUUGCUUUUAAAAAAUUUGAAUACUAGUUACUAGUAUGAGCUUCGAAAAUACUUCUGUAGAAAACAUAUGUAGAGUGUGUUUGGAAAAAUCUGAUAAAUUAUAUCCUCUACUAGGAAGAAUACCAAAUGUUGAUGAAGAUAUUUCAAGUAUGAUUAAUUACUGCACCCUAGUUGAGGUUAUAUUAGAAAACGAUUUACCAACAGCAGUUUGUAUACCGUGUUUUAGGACUAUAAGAAUAGCUUAUAAUUUCAUUCGACAGUUCAAGGAAUCAAACAGAAGAUUGCUCGAAAAUAGGCACAAACAUGUUAAAAACGAAGAUAGCAAGAAAAAUGAUUCUCUAUGUGAAAUAGAAUAUAAUGAAGAAGUACAAGAUUAUAACAGUGAUAAUAUUGAAGAAAUAAUUAUUGAAUAUAAGGAUUUUGAUAAUGAUGUAAAUGAUAGAACUAAUGUAAGGAUAAUUGAGGAAGAUGUCGAAGAAGGUGAAGAAAUACAAAUUUUUAAUGAAGAUUUGUCUGUUGAAGAAGGAAGUUGUAUUAAAUAUAGCGGUGAUUUUGAAAAUAAUGCCUUAGAAUCUAAUGUAAGCGAAGGGGAGUCUGCAGACAUUCUAGUAAAUGAAGAAUUGCAAAACAAAUUAUCAGAAGACUUAGUAGAAUCAAGUUUUUGUUUGCAGAAAAAGGACACACAAAAUUUUGUAUGUCCUAUUUGCGGGCAGUCGUUCUUAAAGUUCGAAGUGGGUUUUGUAAAACAUUUAUUAACUCAUGAAGACAUUAAAUUAAAGUGUAAUAAAUGUUCCUUAGGAUCCAUAUUAACUGUAGAUCUCUAUGUCCAACAUUUUAGAAAAGCACAUCGAUUUCAGUGUGAUAUUUGCAGCAAAAGCUAUGGCCGGCGAAGUGGGCUAUACUAUCAUAUGAAAACUCAUAAUGAUAGAAAAAUUUUCAAAUGUUCUUAUAAAAAUUGUACGAAAUCAUUUUUAACCGCAUGGUGCCUGAGGAAGCACCUUCAUACUCAUUCCGAAUCUCCAAAAUAUAUUUGUAGCAAGUGUGGCAGCGAGUUUAAAACUUACGGUACAUAUAAAUAUCAUCAGAAAACCCAUGACGGGAAGCGAAACUACCUUUGCACUGAAUGCGGUCAAACGUUUUUGCAGUCGAUUCACCUCAAAUAUCAUAUGUGGAAGCACACCGGCAUUAAAAUGUUCCAAUGUGAAAAGUGUUGUAAAAGUUACACUUCUCAAACACAAUUGAAGAAACAUAAAAAGAAAAAGAUUUGUGAGAUUGUGCCCGUAAUAAUGAAAAAAAAUAGUAAAUGUUGAUAA